AUAGCCGCUAACCUUCCUAUGACUCGCCUACGUCGUCCAUCAUCGGGGAUUGUCAUGACUGAAGAACGAGAAGCAGGCCCAGUGGCGGCUUCUGGAGGCUUUGCGCCUCAUAGGGCUCCAGCAUACGGUGUACGCGACGAGCCGCACGUUCAGCCGCCGUCAGGACGAUCGUCGUCGUCGUCUUCCCCCACUCGACUGGGAAGUCACGGGGGCAACGGAGGUCAUGGCGCGCAAUUAACGGGCUGUGUGAGCCCUCGAGAGGAUGCCCACUAUCCGUCAUGCGCACUUGGCUUGGCCUUGACGAAGAGCGAGCCGGGUGCAACCUACAUAGAGUACAGCGAAGGAGACUGUGGCAACCCCACCAACUGGAGCCGCGGCCGCAAACUGCGCUCCAUCCUUGUCACCUUCCUCUUUGCCAUGACAACGGCCAUCGCCGCCACGAGCUACAACAGCACCCAGCAGCUCGUCAUGGACGAGUUUCACACCUCUUCGACGGUGUAUCUCCUUGGCAACACCUUUUACCUCUCCAUUGGUGUCGCCUUUACCCCGCUUCUCUUGGCGCCCCUCUCCGAGAUCUUUGGUCGGUUGCCCAUCUUUCUCGCCUCUGCACUGGGCUUUGCUGUUAUGUGGAUCCCUCAGGCCCUUGCCCCCAAUAUCGAGGCCAUUCUGAUUUCGAGACUGAUCCAAGGAUGCUUCGCGAGUGUCGGAAACUCCAUGACCGGCGGCACCGUCUCGGACGUGUACGCGACAGACAGUCGUGGAUUCCCCAUGUCAACCUUCUGCGUGCUCAUUUACAUAGGCCAGUCUCUCGGACCCGUCGCGGCUGCCUACAUCCUCAAGGAUCAGGGCUCAUGGCGAUGGGUCUUUGGCUUCCAGGGCAUCCUUGGCGCCGUCACUUUUAUCCUCAUGGUCAUUUUCUUGCGCGAGACAAGGGGCCCCGUUCUCCUCUCCAGGAGGGCACGUCGAUUGACAAAGGAGACGGGCAAGCUGCACCGGUGCUCGGCCGACGAUGAACGUACUUCGUUCUGGACCGCCGUCAAGAUCAGCUUGUCGAGACCGGCUGUCUGGCUCUUUACCGAGCCCAUCGUCGCUGCCUUUUCCCUCUGGAUUGGCUUUCUUUGGGGUUGCGUCUUCCUCUUGCUCCAGUCAGUUCCGAUCGUUUUUGAGGCCUACGGUUGGAGCAACGCCAGAAAAUCGCUUGUGCUCCUUUCCAUCGGCGGCGGUGGCAUCCUGGGCUGGAUCUGCAACUUCCAUCAAGAGAAGCUGUACGCCCGUGCUGUUGCUCGAGCUGCACCAAACAAGCCCGCGCCAGAGGCGAGGCUCUACUGGGCCUGUGUUGGCGCUGUCAUGGGCCCCAUCGGCUUCUUCAUCUACGCGUGGACCGGUCGGUCGGGCAUCAGUCCGGUUGGGCCCGUCAUUGGUCUGAUCAUCUUUUUGGCCGCAACAUACGCCAUCUACCUUGCUGUUUUCACCUACAUUGCAGACUGCUAUGCUCGUUAUAGCUCGUCAGGCCUGGCAGCACAAUCCUGGUUGCGAAAUGUCUUUGCUGGUUCCUUUGUGCUCUUUGCGCCCGCCAUGUACCACAACCUGACGCCGCCAAUUGCUUCGACGGUCCUGGGCGCCAUCGCGGCCGUCUUGGGCAUCUGCCCCUUUUUGCUCAUGGCCUACGGGGCAAAGAUUCGAUCAAAGAGCCGCGUCGCCAGGGCGCUGCAGCGCGAAGAAGAGGAGAUCGAGGAGAAGAUGAGGUUGGAGCGCGAGAGGAAUGCCAGGAGGGCAAAGAGGCUCGAGGAAAAGAAGGGUCUGCACACAUCUGCCAACGCAUCUGCCACAGGCGUCAAGGAAGCCGCAUAGAGGCGCGUCCCCAAGAGAUCAAAUCUCUUCAACAACAGCACACAAAACACACACUCAUACACAUCAGACUGUGUUCGGAACAUCAUUGU